GUCGGCUUCUGUUCGAAUUUUUUCCCCGCUUCUCGUCCGCGUUGCUCGCUGCCUGGACCGGUAGUGGACAACCUACCGGUAGCGUACGCGCGCACACAAUCGUGCUCCUGUAAGUGAAUGCACGGUGCGAGAAGAGAGAGAGAGAGAGAGAGAGAGAGAGAGAGAGAGAGAGAGAGAGAGAGCACGGGACGUUGAAGGGCGGGGAGAGAGAGAGAGAGAGAGAGAGAGAGAGAGAGAGAGAGAGAGAGAGAGAGAGAGAGAGGCGCUAUGAAUUGGACGCCAACAUGCUCAGUCACGGGAAGACAAAAACUCUGAAGGUGUGUGGCCGCGUUGUUGUGGAGCAAUUGACAAGCCUACUGAGCGGUGGUGCGGGUGCAGCAGAAGCAUGGGAAGCAGACACUGGGGGAAUUGGUGGUAAUCUUGACACAACAAAGUCAUGGCUGUUGGAGCCUGGUUUGCAUGUUGCUUUGGCAGGCGACGAUCUGCUUGCUUUCGCGAGGGGCACAAAGCUGGUCCUUGCGAGCUCUGGAAAUGGCCAUGGUGGCCGGUCUAAUCCACUCUCAGUGCAGCUUGAGUUGGGAGAGGGGGAGAAGAUCAGUGCCAUUGAGUGGUUGGUAUUUGAAAGCAGCAAUGGAAGGUUUGCAAGGGAUGGAAAGCAUAGAGGAGGAGGAGGAGGUCAUCUUGGGGGCAUUGUCGGGUGUAUCAUGGUGGGAACAACAUCUGGCUAUUUUCACACCUUGUCUGACACAGGCAAACUGCUUCUCAAGCAGCAAAUGCAUGCAGGUGCUAUUGUCCGUAUAAGGGUGAGAGGAGGAGGGGGAAGCUCCCAGGGAAUGCGAACCUUUCCGGAUGAUGCUGGCCAGGAUGUUUCGCUCAUCUACCAUGAUGGUAUCGUUUGUCUUAAUGCUGCAGAACUCCAGUUUGUGUUGUUCAGGAAGUUGGCUGCUCUGGAAAAGGGGAAGGAGCUGGGGCAGUGGUGGGCAGGCAAAGGUUCUGAAUAUGAGGGAGAGAGAGGGGGUGUCUCCACCGGGGGCAUAUCCUACAGAAAGUGGAGCUUUGGAAAGAACAUGGCUUCAUGUGUUGAUGGAGCAGUGACAGGGAGGCAGCAGCCAUCACUCUUUGAGAUCCAGGCGUCUAAGGCAGAGGUUUUGGUUUUGGCGGUAGGAUCGGAACCACCUAUUGCGCUCUUCAGUGCUCCUGAGGACAAGAACAGCAGCUUUUCCCCGGUGAAGAUUGCGUCGAAAGUCGUCUCCAAAGUGGGGUCGGCAGUCUCUUAUGCCUUCCACGCCAGCUCUUUCUUGUGGCGUGCAGGGGGCGAUAGGUCCAUGCCGACCACUCCUCGUGCGUCAACACUCUCAUCUAACACCUCGGGAGCAUGGGGAGAAGGUGGUGGUGUGAAUCCUGAGAGGUUGUCCAGUUUACUGGCAAAGCAAGAGAGUCAAAGGCAGGCAAAAGGAGGGCAGGGAGAGGAGAGGACAGGUAAAGAGGGGGCUCUAGGGCCAGGUAUGCCGGUGAACGUGAAGGCGUCUCUCAAGGACCCUCCAAGACGAGCAGAAUCUCUUGCACUCUCUCCGAAUGGAUCGUUGGCUGCUGUGGCAGAUGGUCUCGGGCGAAUUCUUCUGCUAGACCUUGCUGUUCCUGCCAUCAUCCGAAUGUGGAAGGAGGAGGAGGAGAAGAUGGCCGCCAUCUUGCACGAGAGGAAGGAGAAGAAGGAGGCCAAGAAGAAGACCUUGAAGGAGAAGCAGGCGGCCAAAUUGAAGAAGAUAGAAGAAAAAAUGGCCAAAGAGAAGGAGAGGAUAGAGAAAGAAGAGGAAGCGAAAUUGAAAGAGGUGGAAGAGGAGGAAGAAGAUGAAACGCCGCUGCAGAGGAAGAAGGGGCAGUACAAUGGCAGUAGGGAUGAGGAGAUGGAGAAGCGGAUCUCAGAGUGGGUCGCCAACUUAUCCCUGGGCGAAGAAGAAGUGGUGAUGUAUAUCUCUAAGGAGGAUCAGGAAGCCGCUAUGAGAGCUUGGGAAGCAGAAAAAGAUGUUGUGAAGCGGCAGGCAAUGAAAGAUGAUAAGAGAAUGGAAUGGAGGUUGGCAGUGAUGAGGGAGAAGAAGAGGAGAGUGGACGUGGCAGCGGAGGCGGCAGAAGAAUUAGAGGAGGUGAAAAAGAUAGAAGAGCAACUAGCCGCCCAGACUGAACUCCCAGCCCAAAUGCGAGUCAUAGCUCGAAAUGUUGCACGCCUGGCACGAAUUCAGGCGGAGCAAUAUGACUUUAGUAGGAGUCGGCAUAUAGCUGUGUGUUCAAUAAAGUUGGGGUUCAGGGACUUUGCGCGUGAGCUGGUAGGCGCUAUAGGAACCGAGGUGGGCCACCGCCUCGACAAGACUGAGCGGUUUUGCGCUGGCGCCAUUGAGGGCGUCAAGGCGGCAGCCCCCAAGGAGGAGGAAGCACGCCCUCCUCGCCGGGAACCGGUCAAGGUCAAAUUCGUUGAUUCCUACAGUGGGAAAAGGGAAGAGAACUUUGACAACUGGGAAGCCAACGUUCUAAUUGCGAUCCACGCGCUGAGAGAUGAGGCCGCUAGUUUUGCAAGGUCCCUAGUUCGCGCUGCCAACUAUAGUGACGAUCCCGUUGCGUACUCCUCGUUCACGUCCCUCACCGAAUUCCUGAAGUUGUUGCGUGAGAGAUUCGCUGAUGUCGCCCGCAACGGUAAAGCCUCAGAUAGGUUGCAGGUGAUCCACUCUCCCGGGACCACGCUCCAUUUGAAGGAGCACGAGUGUAGGCUCCCUAGUUGUUCAGGCGAGGCCAAGACUGCCCGCCUGUUCCAUGUGUCAGGAAUAGAGAAUCCCUUGGCACAUUGCUGCCUUAGUGCUCCUGCGUUCGCCAGAUUAUUGAAAAAGGAGAAAUUGGAGGAACAGGUUUUUGUUGCCUAUGUUAGGCCAGCGACUGAGCCUACGGAAGAAAAGCCGAUGGACCCUGCGAUUGCCAAGCUGCUGGAAGAGUUCAAAGACCUAACCGAGCCGCCGAUAGGAGUGGUACCGCGGCCCAUCCAGCACCGCAUUGAGAUAGAGCGUGGCAGUAGAACUCCUAAGGGCGCCGUGUAUAGGAUGUCCCCACGGGAGUUAGAGGAGCUUCGCAAGCAAUUAGACGAGCUCCUCGAAAAGGGUUGGAUUAGGCCCAGUUCGUCUCCUUUUGGAGCGCCUGUUCUCUUUGUUCCCAAGAAAGAGGGAGAGCUGAGGAUGUGCAUAGACUAUAGGGGUCUGAAUGCGAUUAUAGUGAAGAAUGCUGAGCCACUGCCUAGGAUAGACGAUCUCUUAGACCGAGUGCAGGGGGCCAAGUAUUUCUCUAAGAUAGACUUAAAGUCCGGAUAUCAUCAGAUAGAGGUACAUCCUGAUGAUCAGUAUAAGACAGCCUUCCGGACUAGGUACGGGCAUUAUGAGUUUAUAGUGAUGCCCUUUGGACUAACCAAUGCGCUAACAACGUUUCAGCGGUGUAUGAAUGAUUUGUUUAGGCCAUGGUUAGACAGGUUCGUCGUAGUUUACUUAGACGACAUCCUAGUGUUUAGCAAGACCCUCGAGGAGCAUCAGGGUCAUCUUAGGCAGGUCUUGGAGAAGCUGAGGGAAGCUAACUUCAAGGUCAAUGCAAAGAAGUGCGAUUGGGCAAAGACCCAAGUUUUAUACUUAGGCCACGUCUUAGACGGAGACGGCGUUAAGCCAGAGGAUAGCAAGAUCGCAGCGAUUAGAGAUUGGCCCACACCACGUACGCUGACAGAGUUGUGCUCGUUCCUGGGCUUAGCUAAUUACUACCGGAAGUUCGUGAGGAACUUCUCUACCAUCGCUGCGCCCCUUCGCAGAUUGUUGAGAAAGGAGACCAUCUGGAAGUGGGAUAAGGACUGCACAUCUGCCAUGAAGAAGUUAAAGCGGGCAUUGAUAGAAGAUGCGCACUGCUCAUUCCUCAUUGUUCCAGUGAGCAGGCAGUUGGGUGAUUCCUCAGAGGAAAGCGGACCUGGUGUCAGAGAAAGAGGAGGUGGUCUUGGGAGCAGUGAAUCGAAACACCCAACCAACCAGCCACGAAAUGAUGUGACAUGCUUAUGUCUGGCCAUAUAUGCUCCUCGCCGUGGGGUUGUUGAGGUGUGGCGACUACGGCAUGGACCACGGGUUGUUGCUGUUCGAUGCGGUACCAACUGCCGUCUUCUAAUUCCGUCCACUCGUCUUCAGCCAUCGCGGGUACCGAUUAUCUCCGGCAACCCACUCUCACCCCACAUGAUGGGGGCUUCCAUGUCAGCACCUACCUCGCCAAAGGCUUCGGCAUCGGUGCUUAGAAAUGCACGGGGUUUUGGUGGCGAUGGGAGCGUGCUUGGAGCAGGCGCGUUCAGUGUCGGAACAAGGAAUGAUUCUAGCAGAGGGCGUGCUUUCCUACUGCAUGGCAAUGGUGGGCAGGUGACUGAGAUCAUCGUCAGUCCUUCAAUCGGUUUUGGGGAUGGUGGUGGGUCAUCUCUUCAAAAGGAGGUAAAGGGCUCAAUGUCUGAGUCGGACAUCCUACAGAGACUUUGCGACCUGCUUCGCCAUCGUCCAGGUUCGUUAUUGGCUGCAAGAGCAGCUGUUGAGUAUCUUGAUGCCGACUCACCCAGCAUACGGGUCGGAAAUGUUGCUGGCAUCUUUGAAGGGAUGGACAGAGAAUGGUUCCCAGGAGAACGAGGGGAGGCAGAGGAUGAAGAGCAGGAGCAUAUUGUGAUCCGUCUCAUGUCUGCCUUAGAGUCGCCUCGUCGCAGGCUGCAGGCACUUGACAUGCUGAUUGCAACCCGCCCAUCAAUGCGGGCCCGGUUCAGGCUUGCCGCCACACAGCUAGCAAAAUCUGCAGUUCGCAAGUGGCUGGACAAUGCAGAUUCCAGAUGUGCAGCAGCUGCGCCUGUCUCGAAGGCAGUCACUGUCGCCACUGACCAUGAAUUUGAUAAGCAUCAGGUGCCCCAGUUGGAAGAGGCCAGUCUUCCGGAUUCAAAGCGCAAUAGACCACCAUCACGGGAGCUGAUUAGGAAAAGUCAGGAUGGCCCAGAACAUGCAGGUGGCGGACUGAAGGGAGUGGAGCCUCCUAAGGAAGGAGGGUAUUUGUUGGGUGUUGAAGAGGCAUCGCAGAGAGGCAUGGGUGGAAAACUGAGAAGGAAAAUGGGAGUGCUGCUCUGGCAUGAGCAUUUGUUGGAACUGUUUAUUAUCCUAGGUGGCGAUAUGUUCGAUGACGAGCGAGAGGACUCGGAUGGAGAGUGGCGAGUUUCAGGUGGGCUUUGGAGGAUCAAAGCUGGGAAAGAGGGGACCAACAGGAGGGCAGUUCCCGAACUGUUUGAUGAUGUUCGCAGUUGGGUUCGAUCUGAGGAACAGAGUAGGGAUAGCAGAGCAGCAAGGGCAGGAUCAGGAAAAUCUGGGCAUCUGCUGCGGCCACCUGUACAGCGAGCUGAUAGGCACGUACACCAUAAGAAGUCCGAGCACCCUAAAAUGCUGGAUCGCAACUGGAGUGCACUCUUAUCGGGGUCAGCCCCUGGAAGAUCUGGACGUAAACCUCUGACACAGGGACUGGUGCCCUCACGGCCUGCUUUAACUUGUCGCGAAUUUAUUCGCUCUUUUAUUUUUGAUCCGACGCUUGCUCCGCCAUGUAUACCUCGUAGAAAGUCGGCAAUGGUGCCGACUAAUGUCGGGUCCCUGAGGUUGCUUAGGGAGGGCGACCUAGGAACAACAGCUGGGAUGAUCCCAACAGCAUCCAUCGGCUCCUUAAUUUUCAGAUGGAUGCUUCGUGGUGGUGCUGGUGCUGCUCGAGUGGUUGUCGGCUUAGAGGGACUGCCACUUCCAGGAAGCGACUGGGAACGUCUGUUUCUGGGAUGGUAUGAUCUAGCACCACUUGAUGGGAUUGUGGCGUUGCCAGCGAGAAUGCUAGUGGAUGUGCUGAGGUGGAUUGCAAAGUCUGUCAGUGAAACUGAAACUGCAGGGGGGUUUGAGCCAGGAGGGCGGUUUGCGGGGUCAUACCAGUGGUGCAGAAGGAGUGGGGAGUCGAGCAAAGGACUGAUUCUGGCUAGAUGUUGCCAGUUUGUAGUUGAGGAGAUGAUGGAAAGAAGAGGCCUGGAAGGUCUGCUGUCUGGAGAGGCAGAAAGUGCCAAGCAGUGGGGAGAAACUGCAGAGCGUACCACCGACGUAUGGUGGAUUGAGAGAGUGGUGAGAAAAGUGUCAGUGUGUGCUGAGGAGAGAGGUUGGGUUGGCGGGCUCUCUAGCCUGAUUCCGACGGUGGCUGAGCUCCCUAGCUUUGCCGUUGCCUCGUGGGCUGCUAGGCUGCAGCUCUUGGUAAGUCUCAGUGCUGAUGCGAGCAUGUCAAUGCAGAGGGUCCCUGCAAUCCAGCCAUCAGUCCUCCGAACACGAAGGGAAAGCUUAACGGAGGGAGGGAGUGACGAUGGACGCGAAGGAGGUGAGCAGGAGAAAUUGGUGGAAUUAUUCCAAGUGUUGAGUGGGCGUUUCCCGGGAAGCUGCCAUGAUGACAUUCUUGCCGUUCACAGAGGGCUGGAAUUAUGCAGGCAGUGGAAGGGGGGAAGGUUGAGUGCUCGGACUAGUGAAGCAAUGGGAGCUGCAGUUGCUGCAAUUGGAGGGGACGGCAAUGAAGAUCUGCUGCUUAUUGCUCAAGAGCACUUCUCUUGCAUCUCAUCGGUUGCACUGAAGGGAGGAAUCGCCUCGUCUGUUUGGGCAUCCCAAGUAGGGCCACGUGCUGCGGCUGUGGUAUCCCUAGUCCAAAGACUGAAGCGGGGUCCAACGGAUGAGGAAUGUGCACAGGCCAGAGGGGUGGUGGGCAGUUCUGCAGAAGCUGUGGCAGAAGUGGUGUCAGCAUACGAACAGCUUUCAGUCCUUCUGUAUGACUGUGUCCUGCUAGCAGAAGGCACACCUUCAGUUGGAGGUGCAGAUAUGGAUGCCCAUGACCAGUUCCUCGCUGCAAAGGACAGCACAUGCAGGGAUGCUAUUGCAGAUUUUCGUCUGCGACCACCACGGUUGGAGCUUGUUGGUGAUUUCCGGCUUCUUUUGCGAACUGUUGGGACUGCAAUUUCAUUGCACGUAAACCCUGCUGAUGUUUCCGCUAUGUUCCCACCGGAGCUUCUAUCAAUAUUUCCUGCACUUUUCAUGCAGUACCCUGUGCCAGCUGCGCGCGGCGAUGGUUCGUCUCAAGCCCAAGCAUAUGGGUUGGUGUCCUCGACGGCUCUGGAAGCACGAAUGGAGUUUCUUCUGGGAGUGCUUGCAGCUCAGCGAGCCCUUAGCUCAAGAGGAGACAAAAAGGGCUUUAGGGGAGGGAGCCAUAUGGGUGGAGGUGGCCGAUACGUGGGGAUCUCCGCAUAUGCACUUGCUAAUGAUCUUGGAGUUGACCAUGUACUUCUACGGCGGAAGCAGGUAAUGAUUCUUAUAAUCAUAUUCCUUAUCUCCAAUUACAUGUCUUUCCAAAGCUCUCUGCUGCUGUUCUGUUCUUGCGCAUCAUGUUAGUUUCAUUCUGUUUCCUGUUUUGUUAUUUACUUGGCCUGUUUCAGGAUAAAACGAUACGUACCGU